CAAACUAGUGCCAAUUUCAAGCUCAAGUGACCUUGACGUUUUACUUUUCCGGCAUUUACAUGGGAAUUAGGACUGUGCAUAAUUGAGAAUUGUUAUCGGAAGUCAUUCAGAUCUUGUGAUUAAUUUUGAAUGGCAAUAUGGAUGCAACGAAGGUUAACACCCGUUUAUUGCAGUAUGAUGGAGUUUGUCAGGAUUCACAAUUAUCAAAACCGAUGGAAAGAAAGCUAGAUUCAGUAAACAAUAUUCCUCUCGGUUCAGUAAUGCCUCAUCAGUUAACUAAUUCAUCGGUUGAUACGCCUCCAAUAUCUUCAGUCUAUCUUGAACAAGGAGAAUACUUUUUUGACGAUGAGUUCGCGGAGCCAGAGGAUCCACAUUUACAUGAAAAUGGGGAUGAAGCCAUUAGAUAUACACUAAUGGUACAGUCAGUAGAUUGCGAUCGGAAGCCUUUACCGGAUGUAGUUGGUCAGUUUCGUUCUGAUUCUUGCAUAUUCAGUCCAGUCAAUUCAAGAGAAAGUAAUCUUAGUAGUUCUAAAGUUCCUGGGAAUCAUUCAGUUGACAGCAGUAAUUAUGAGAAAGACGAUGUAGUAUUGAAAGAUGCUGAUUGUAAAAAUCUUAACUCAAAGACAAGAUUCCAUCACCCCUCGUCCAAGAAAAUGAAUGAAGUAGACGAAGGGCACGCAAAUGAAUCUGAAAGUUCAGUUCAAUGUAGUACGUCAGGUUCCACAAGUUGGAUGAACAUGCUUAUGGAACGUUCUUGCAAUCCUGAACUUCGGGCUCUGAUCAACAGAACUGCUGCAGCCGUCGAUUACAAACUUGCGUAUGGUGAUUCUAUUGCAUUUCAACGCCAGCUUGAAGAUAGAUCAACUGAAUCACUAAAAUGUAAUGUGUCAGAUUUAGGACCAGACAGUCGUUCAUUGAGCCAGGGGAAUCUCUUAACUGUUACUAGUUUGGCAGGUUUACGUCACGCUUUAGAUCAAACCACUCAAGUACUGCCUAAAUAUGUCGCGCGAAAUCCUGAAUUGUGUUCUGUUGGAGUUUCUGCUGACCUUAUCUCUGACACGAUGACUCUGUCUCAUAAAAAUAAGGAUUCUAGUGAGACGACAACUUCAAAUACAACAACUUGGGCUAAAAAGCAUGGCAGUCGAGAAAGUCUGAAGAGAAGAUCUCUUAGACCAACUGACCUGACUGUCUUUCCAUAUCCUAAUGUCGAUAAGAAUAGUGAAGCUGAACAUGACGGUAAAACAACUUGGCAAAGUAUCAAAGAGGCUAAUGGAGCUCUAAUAACAUGGAAUCAACUUAAACGAGUGGUCAAACGAGCUGAGAGUCUUGGGAAGUCAUCUAGCGUCCGUGAAAGCCGCCGAGACCAACAUGAUCCGACUGGUGUUUUGAUUUCUAAACAAGCUAUGACUAGUUCAGUUAAAAAUCGUUCACAUUCCCAACCCAUAUCCGGUGCUUGCCAUAUGCAUCGCUUCUCAGGAACACUGUUAGAGAUAUUUAUGCGCGCUAGAGCUCGAGGUACAUCAUCCUUCGGUGAUGGUUCUGUUACUGACUUGAAUGGAUCUUUACAUAAAGAUAAUUCAAAUUCUGCUUAUUCAAAUCCUGCUUAUUUAAUAAAUCAAGGCUAUGAACGGGCAGACAUGGUUAUGAAUAGGCGAAAUUGUCAACCAGGAGUAACCAAUUCACCACGUAUUUCAGGCAACAGAAAAUCUUGUUUGUUCGAUGGAAUAGACCCACGAAGAUCAGUUAAUGAAAAUGACAAGUAUCUGCUACUACGCAGGGACAAGAUUUUGCCGAAUAAGGGUAAUAUCCAGUUUUCACCCUUGUACACUAGUGCUGACGCUGUUGCUCGUUCUAUGCGUAACUUUGGAGCCCAGUUUCCUCCUUUAGAUGAUUCCAGAGAAAUAUCGUGCAAAGCUCCCUUUAAUGGUCAGCAAAAACCAGAGAAUAAUCAAAAUACUUUUCCAAUCUGGUCAACGAAACUGCCACUACGUAAUGGGAAUUCUGUUGCAUAUACUAACUAUUACACUACAGUCCGUCAUAGCCAUCCACAGCCACUUUAUUUGAACAGACCAUUGUCUGCCCUUCAGGGUCAGUCGAACUCGAAGAGAAAUGUUAACACCAAUCCUCAACAGUCUUCAUCUCCAGUUGAAACCCCAACUAUUGCGGCUUGUCUUACAGCGUCUGCUGGACCAGAUUCACCAUACAUGGCAGCACUACGAGCUGGUUGUGCUGCCAGAGGUUAUGCUGUUGGUUGGAUUGGAAAUCCACGUGCUUCGAUCGCUUAUCCAGGUUUAGGUCUUUUGUCAAUUCCUCGUCCAUCAAGAUUAGCUGGGUCUGCAUUCCUUUCUCAUACCUUACCUGACUUGUCAUUUUUAACCCAAGCUGGAGUUGAAGAGGAUCGUAAGGGUACACCAACUAUGUCUAAGCGUCGAGCAUCUUGUCUGUCAAAUACUCAGACGAAGAAAAACUGCACUUGUACAAAAUGUGGCUGUCGAUCGAUUUCAGCCGGUCGUGUUUCUUCCAAAAAUACAUGUCCAGAUAGGUCAUCGAAAUCACUAGCAACUAAAGGUGUAUCUGGGACAGCAAAGAAUCCACCUGAUCAUAAUAAUACAUCUUCAUCAGAUACGAAUGCGCCUGAUGUUGUACCUUCUUCAAUUGGACAAAAUUCAAGUAAUAGAAGUAAUCCUUCAGAAAUACAGAAAGAAGUCCCAAAUCAAUUACAAUGUCCUGACGCUGUUGAGCGAUCAUCAUCUGAACCUGAUUUAAGUGGUGCAGCUCCUAGUAAAAAUAGUCAACUAAUGUAUGGAUCUGUGGAUAGUAGUUCCUAUUGGGCUUGCUCUACUUCACAAUCUCAGAAAAAUCAAAUUAAUUCCGAUAAAAACCGUGGGGAGACUACAGUGGCGUCAGGGAAUGAUGGCUUCAGUUUAAAUUCACGACCGAAGAAAAGUGUUAGUUUCAACGGUAAUAUUCGUUUGUUACAGUUGAAUUCAAAAGAUUCUUACAAUCACUACAGCGAUUCAUCGGCACAACCAUCACCUGAACCUAAAGUAAUUCCACGAAAUUGGGGUUUAUAUGGACAAGAACAACCACUGGCUGAAUUCAAUCCCCGAUGUAGCCCAAGUUUAGAAAGUGAAAAAAAUGGAAAAUUAAUUCGUCAUUCUGAUGUUGAUGUCAGAUAUCAUGCAAUGGUUAAUGAUGUUAUUAAAGCAGUACAAGAAACAGUUGCCUACUAUUGUAAUCCAAAUUUGGGGAGUAAAACUAAUGGACAAAUGAAUGGAGAUAAUUGUUCACAAGAUGUACUACCGUAUUCAAAAAUUGAAGCGAUUGGCUCUUCAGGACGUCAACCACUCCUUGCAGUUGUCCCACCCUUAACUAUUCUACUUUGUGAUGGAUUACUACCACCUGCAAAACCCAUAUUCACCUCACGACCAAGAACACGUUUAUGGCAGUUGGUAGAAGAGAGUUGUAGACCAGGUGCAUUGCCUACCGGUGUAGCUUAUCAUGUGUUAAAUGAUGCUAUUAGUCAGGUCAAAGCAUUGACUAAUAUUACUUUGGAGAAAACAAAGUUCAGAGCAUUUAUAUGCGCCUGUUUAAAUGCAAAGGCUUUACCAAUGUGGUUGAAUGCACUUGUCGCCAAUGAUACAUUACUUCGAAGAUUCUACUGUGAAGAUGCAUUCAUUCGUCAAUGUCGUUCUGGUCAACGUGAAUUACACGCUGAUCUAAUGACACAUUUAGAACAAUUGUUAGCAUUUCCUUUCAAUUUAGAUUUAUCAAUUGAAGUACGUAAACCAUUAGUUGAUCCACAUGUAACAACAACAACAGCAACAACAACAACAAACAAUAAUAUGAUCAAACCAUCUGUUCCACCUACACAAAUACCGACAAAUAAUAAACAGCCUCAAUCGCAUGGAGGUGAAUCGGCACCACCGUCAAAUAAUAAAACAACAUUACGUUCAAAUAUUCCUCCUGCUACAGUUGUCACACGUCGACAAAUGAUUUUAAAUGGUAAUUCUAACAGUCGUAUUCCAUCAGCAUCAUCAAUCCCGUCAACAGUUUCAGGAAAUUCCACGACUAAUAAUACAUCAACGUCAAAUAAUCAUUGUUAUUCUCAGCAUCAUUUGCCUACACAACGUCCUAUGCCGUCAAAAUUACCAUCUGCUUCAAAUUGUGUGAAACACAGUACACGCUCGAGUACUAUUGAUAAUAUUGAUUCCAAGUCAAGUAAUCAUAAUAAUACUAAUAAUAUAUCAAAUGAAAUAACUGGUCUUGUUCAGCCUAAAUCAUAUAGUGCAAUAAAUUCAGAGAAUCAAGUAAAUUCUCAAGUACGUGGUCGAUUAAAAACUGCCUUCUCAAAUCUCCGUCGUAGUAAUAAUGGUUCACAUGUCCCCAAGUCGAAUACACGUACUGCGAAUACACCAUCUAACACUUCUGCGUCUAAUAAUACUACCACAACAACAACCACUACAACUGCUGCUGGUAACAAUAAACCAACUUCUGCUCAUGCUAAUGUAUCACGUUCUUCAGAACAGGCUAAAACAAAUAAUACAAAAAGUCAUUUACAGAAUAAAUCAUCCUCUUCAGCGUCGUCAAAUUCCAAUUCGUCAACAGGUGGUGGCGGCUGUGGAGGAGGAGGGACACGUCGUUAACUUGAUCGCAUUAAUUGUUAACCGCUUGUUUACCCCUCUCUCUCCCCCCUUCUGUUGUUUUCCAGUGUAUUAUAAUUAAGAAGUGUAAUAAACUGUUGACGGGAAAAUUUUCCUCGAUUAUUAUAAUAAAAGACAAUAAUUUUAACCCGGUAUAGCAUUUAUACAACUUGACAAUUAAUUAAUGAAUUAAUUAAUUAGUUGUCUUCCAUGGCUUCUCGUUUUUUAUUUGUUCAAUGUUUGUGACUCUUCGAUUUUCCUCAUUUUGAAAGAAAAAAUAACUGUUUUUCCCUUAACGCUGCUUUAUGGUCUUGUGUGUGUGUGUGUGUGUGUUCAAUUGUUGUUUUUGUUGCAGUCAGAGCGAAAGUUUUUCAGGGUUCUGUUGAGAAUUUGUUAGCAAUUCAGUAUUAUACUAUGACACAAGUAUAAUUCACAGCAACGUGUAUGCAUAAGGUCUUUAUUCUCACUCUGUCACUUCACAUCAUAAUCCUGAUAACAAUUCGAAUCUCAGUCUGAUUUCUUCUACUCCCUCUCGCCUUUUUUUACCUACUAUCUCUCUGUGUGUGUCUGUGUGUAUUUUUAUUGUUAUUCAACUCUUGUAACUUGCAUUUAUUUGUAUUUUACAGAUUAUGGAGACACAAACGAAAUCACUAGCAGCAGCCUUCCUUCUUUUUCUUCUUUUCCGUCAUCUUUUUUUUUAACUUCACGUCUGGUUUGUUUAUGAUUCACACUGGAGGAGAAUGAUUAGUCUACUUCUUUUUUUCAAAAAAAUUUCUUUCAUUUAUUUAUUUUUUUGUUGCAUCCUUGCAGAUAUUGUCUUUUCUCUCUCUCUGUCUCUCACUUCCUCUGUCUCCUCGUCUUCUCCAUCUUCUUCUUUACAAAAAAAAACAGUAAGUUUGCGCCAAAAAAUGCCUGCCUUCUCUUCACUUCUUUGAUGCUCAUUAUUAUUAUGAUUAUUAUUACAUAGAAGCUAUAGAUGGUGAUUUUGUGUCUGUGUGGUUGUGUAUAUUUGCGUCAUAUGGCAGGAGGAGUGGAGUGAGGCGUCUUUGUAUAUGUAUGUAUGUAUGUACCUGAAGAAGAUGUGAUUAAUCCACGCUUUUUUUUCUUUCCUGCUUUUAACUAAGUGUUUAUUGACAAUGAUAAUAUGAGAAUCAAUCAUGACAUUUGAUCUGUUUUACAGUCAGUAUAUAACAUACCUACUUACUGACUUACCGCGUAGUUAUGAUUCCUUCAAGCACAUAUGUGAAUAAAACUGAUGGUGAUAAUACUACUACUACUACUACUAAAAAUAAUAACAGUUCAUAAAUACCAAGUUGUUUCUUUAGUUGUUGUUGUUGUUGUUGUUGUAAUAUUGGCUUUCUUCUUCCCCAACCCCUUGUUUUUAUUGUGUCUUGUAUUUUGCUUAGUCAUCAUGGGUAUUAUUUUGAACAUAAUUUAUAAUAAUUUGUGCCAGUCUUGUAGAGUGAAAUGCGCGCGUACACAUUUUUUUUGUUGCUUUAUUUCCCUUUUUUAUUAUUUGUCUUUGUGUCAGUGAAUGAUUCAUGCUAUUCCAUCUGUUGGUGUUAUUGUUGCCUUUCUUUUCCCUCCUCUUUUUGUCUUUUGUCUGUUUUGAUUCUUCCACAGUAUUGAUGAUCUCUGUUCAACUGUGUUCAUCUGUGGUUCUUAUUUUCCUAUGGUUAUUACCUCUGUUGAAGUUUAUCUCUUAAGGUUAUAUAUCUUUUUUGUGUAUACAUUUUAAAAUUCUUUUUUGUUCUAUUCUACAAUAUUUUGUAGUAUUUUAUCGCUUUGUGCACGAGUACUUAUCACUUACCCUACCAUACCACAUUAUGAGCAAUAAUCAACUGAUCUUAUUGAAACAUUUUUGAAGAGGUCAUUAUUAUUAUUAAUAUUAUUAUUACCGUUAGGAAAAAUAUUCUCUUUCUUCUGUGUUCAAAAUGCAAUAAAAACAAACAACAACAGCAAUAACAACAAGCGAAACAGUUUGGUUUUUUCCUAUAGUUAACAUAGUGCUACACAGCUACUAAUCUGCGUUUGUUUCCAACUUCUGUUUUUCCCCUGCAUAACUUGUCUUUCAAUGAUCUCAAAGUCGACAUACAUGUAUAUGUAUAUGCAUAUAUGCGUCGCUGAAAUUCAGUAGUUUAUGACAUGAUACAUUUCGUCUUUUGAAGUGUGUUAUGUCAUUGCUAUAUCUAUACAUACAUGCGCCUAUUGAGACGGUUAGUCUGUCUGUACUCUCUGCAUCUUUUUCUUCAUGCAAUGGUUUUUUGUUAACUAGCGUUUUUCUCUGUAUCAACCUUAUUAUGUAUUUAUGCCUAUUUAAAGGUUUAUCUCUUUCUAUAUAUAUACAUAAUGUAUAUUUUUUUGUUUCUUGUUCAAUACUAUCCUUUCACUGCUUCAAAAAAUUUACUCAGUUGGUCAUUCAUUUGUGCGUUUUAUUAUCUAGAGUUAUUUCAUCACUACUUUUUACGUUCAUUUCUCUUUUUCUUGUUGGCAAUAUUGUUUUCGUUGUGUUUUUCUUCAAAUAUUCAUUUUGUUUGGUUUAUUAUUUCUCUUUUGGAUAAAAAUGCAUAUAUAUACAUAUGCAGAGUGAGAGGUGCUCUCUUUUCUUGUCUAUUACUCUUAUUCUUUAUCCCUAUCAAACUGUUCCUCUUUCUUUCUUUAAUUGUGGACUUACACUAACGACAACACCAAUAACCACAACAAAAUAAGUAGAAGUAUCUCCAUGCUGUGCCUAAAUUUAUCACUUCUGCAUUACACCAAAAAGGAAGGAAGUGUCUUGAGAGAGAGAAUGAAUAUACACCAGCCGUAAAAACAGCAAUAAACAUCAUCUUGAAUAAAAUCAUAAUUAUUAUUCCUAUUGUUCUGUUCAUUUUGUUUGUGUGUGUGCGUAUGUGUGUAUUAUUCAAGUAAGACGCUUGUUUCUUCCCCUCCCUCCUUGUUCAUAAUUUACACUCUUCAUUGAUCUUUGUAUACAUACUUUCUUUUUGUCUUCAAUUGUUCAUCUUAUUUAUUAUCAUAAUACUGAUACUCUAUAAAGUGGGAUAUUCUCCUCGUGCGUGUGGGCGUUGAUUUUGAAAUUUCCAGGAGAAAAACGUGAACUGAUUCAAUUCAUUCUUUCAACAAACAAACAAACAAAUGUGUUAUCCAAUUAUCUCAAUUUGAGUUAUGUUUAAAAUUAUAAUCAUAACUAUCUGUUUGUUUGUUUAAUUUGUAUUAGUGAUAUUCUGACGUUGAUAAUGUUGAUAAAUAAUCAUGAUAUAAUGGUUACUCUUUUAUCAAAUAUAUAAACUAUAUUACACAAAUCCAAAUAUUCUUUUCUUUGUUUUUUUGGUUUUUUGUUUUUCUUUGCUUUAUUCUUAAGCAAACCAACAGCUGAAUUGUUUGUGUCGCUGAUGGUGUAUGCUUGUGGGUGUGAUCAUAUUUAUUUAACACUUCUACUGCUAAACACACUCAAAAAAAGAUUACACGCCAAUGUAGAUAGAUUGUUCACGCCAUAUAUGUUUAUGCAUAACUCAUAUAUAGUAGUCGAGAUAUAUACGUAUAUAU